CACGCUGGUUCCUUAGCACAGUCGUCGUGGAGUCGUAUAGCAUUCGAUCUAGUAUCUGAUAUAGAAACUGGACCUCAGAGCCGAAUUGAGACGCUUUACUCGUCUCCUACGCUUUCUCUCUGAUUCUCGUCUAGUCCUUCGUUUGUUUCCCCAGUAUUGCAACUUGAUUUGGUAAAUUUCACAAUUUUUCUCAAUAGAAUUCUUCUAUAUCCGUUAUUUAUUAUUGACGUCUAGCAUUGGUUAAUGAUAAUUGUUAAUUGAAUCUGAUUUAAACAUAAUCAGAAUCGAAUCAAUAGCAACCACAAAUUAACAUUCAAUCAAAUUUCAAUAUAGAGAACACGAAUAACAGUCAAAAUCGAGAAUCCAGACUACAACACUAUAUCAUAUCAUAUCAUUUUUUUAUUAUUUAUCAUAUCAUAUCAACACAUCAUAUAUCAUAUAACAUCACUAUGUCGCUGCCCAAUAGUUCUUUCCAGAACUACGAGUCGGCUGUUCAAGACAUCGAGCAGGAAAAGAAGAUGGUGGCAGCUUUGAAACGAUUGUCUAUUGGCAAUAUGAUGAGCUAUGAUCCUGAUUUACCACCGAUGUUAGAAGAUAUCGAUUCCACAUAUAAGCAGGCUCUCUUUGACGAUCAAGAUGUCGCACCCAUACCGAUGUCCAAGUCUCCACCGUCUUCGUCUUCUUCUCUGUCAACGACACCUUCGCCUCCGUCUGAUCCUCUACCCACAGAUGCUUCCACACCUUCUCCUCCUCAUCAUAAACAAUCUCUUCGUAGGCAGCAGUCCAUAACGCGUAAGGGGUCGAUAACUUCGAGACAACCGCACAUUGAUCCUGACCGCAACAGUGUAGCUACUCUGGAAAGUGCCGAUGAAUACUACGAUGCUGAAGACUCAGACGUUCUAGAUCCCUCUUCAUUACUUUGGGUCCCAGCCAAUUUGCAUCCUCAGGUUAAUCCGGAUUCGUUCAAGAACCUAGUGAAGUCGCAAGUAGAAGAGAUCAUGGAAAGAAAGCUUUCGAGAAAGAGCUCGAUGUCACGAAAGAGCUCACUUUCUAGCACUACAAGAGAAGAGGUGGCUACAGAAACUGCAGUUGACGAAGAGAAGGCAAAGACCUCUCCCCGAAAGCUGCCUGAAAACAAACGAGAUUCGAUCACGUCUCAGCCCAAUCGUUUCAGUAAUCCUUCUCUCAGAGACUUAACCAAUGAGCUUGAGAAGUUGACCAAGAUGGCCGGAAUGAACGCUACAGAUGCCGUGACUUUGGCUCGGACACUUUCAUCUACAUCUUUGGGAUAUACAGAUGUAGAAAUCAUGGCAUUUGACGAAAUGGCAUCGCCGCCCCAUACUUCCCCUCAGGGAACACUGAGAAGAAUCGUAGACCUCAACAACAGUGACAAUAAUGUAGAUGAUGAUUCUGACGAAAUUGGUGAUCCAGAUUCUCCAACAAGAAUCCAUAGUACGAGUUCACCCCCCAUGUCUCCGCCUUCUAAGUCAACUUUACAGAUCCAGCAACGUUUACAGCAGAAGUUCCAGAUGGCAUACAAUAUGUCUGAAAGUUCUCCUUCUUCACCACAAAGUCGGUCUAGCCUGAAUCUGUCCAGAUCGCAAUUGCAAGAUUUCGCAUUGAAAAGAAGCAGGAGACCGGACUAUAGAAAACACUCUGUUAGUUCUGGCUCUUCUUCGCAAUCAACUGUGGUUCCUGUAGUACCUGUUGAAGGAAGUUCGAAAGUGCAGCUUAAUCAUGGCAGAAAUACCGAUUUGAGACACCUUUCUGGCCACGGAGAAGUUACGGGUGCGAGGAGUUCAACGCCUCCACCUCAAGUACCUCCCAAGACAAUGAAAUCAUCUUCUAGUACAUUGAAAGCGUCUUCCAAUGCACAGAAGCUGUCUUUAAAUGCACAGAAGUUGCCAGUUAGAAGAGACUCCAAUUCUCGGGAUUCGCAGCUUCUCUUUAGCUACAGAGCUCCUGUUGAACAAGCCGCUCCUUCUACUAGCGUCCGUGGUGGCGAAUCACCUUAUCCAACUUCACAGAGAUCUCUGGCCCAAAUUGAGAAGCAGUUUUCAGGAAAAUAUGGACCUACAAGUCUUUCAGCCAAGAAGGCUUCUCAAGCAAUGCUUGGUAGACAAGAUGGUAGUAAAACUGUAGAUAUAGAAAGACAACGUAGACACGAACAGAAGUCUUUGAUGACAGGAAGCUCUCCCUACCAUCGUUCUGGUUAUCCACCGCAACAAAAGGCUCAUCCUUCCGGCUCUUCUACUUCUCUGUCUCAAAGACCACAAGGCAUGAUUCCACAGAGUCAGCCACAAAGUCACCAUCAGCAUCAACAUCGUCAUCUGCCACCGCAGCAACCUCUUCGUGGUUUGCAGCAACAACCUCAUCAAAGUAUUCAACAGCAACAGCAACAGCAGCCACUUAGUCUGCAACAACAGAUCCAACAGAUCCAACAGCAACAGUAUUUGCAACAACAACAACAGCAACAGCAACAGCAACAGCAACAAUACUUGCAACAGCACCAGCACCAGCAACAGAAGUAUCCUAGUCAUAGUGUUCAACAGCAGAUGCCGUAUCCACAGCAGCAACAGAGACAGCAACCUGAACAGAAAAGAACUAGACAUCAUUAUAGAAGCCAUCAAGGACAAGUUGAUCCUCAACUUCUUCAUCGUCAACAGAAUCCAAUUCAGCAUUUGCAACAACAACUUCCACAACAACAGUUUCUGUCCCAACAGAUGUUACAUCAACAGCAACAUCAGCUGAGAACACCUAUAUCACAGCAGAAGGCUCAGCGGACCUUACAUCAGCCGUAUGUAGUUCCUUCCCAGGUAAAGUCCAACCAAUUGAGUCAGAAUUUGGAUAUGUUGAGAUCGGAGAUCAACGAGUUCAAAGAGAGUUUGAACAAGACUGAACUUCCAUCAAGUUCGGCAAUGCGUUCUCAUAAUCAACAGCCAAGAAACAUUGCAAGUUCUCCAACUAACGAAGCCCAUGAUGCCGAUUUCAGCUUUGAAUCAACUUAUCAAGACUUGAGUUACGAGGACUCCCUUGGCAUUGAAAAGCAAGUGCUCGAAGAACUAGGAAAACACGAUGGACAUCAUCGUUACGAAGCAAGAACGAUUGCUGGUAAGGAGCAAGUUCCAGAUACCGACCAGUCGAAGAGGAUCUCUCCUAGAAAGUCUCCGAAGAAGAGCCCUAACAAACAUCACGUUUCUCCUGCGAAAACUGGUGUAUCGACUACUCCUGAGAUCUCUCCUGUUAAGAAGGUCAAGAGUGUAACUACCACACCAGACAAUUCCAAGAAUGAUUCAUUGACUCCAGACAUUUCUCCUAUCAAGGCAGCUGCAACUUCUACACCUUUGAAGACUUCUCCAGAGAAGUGCUCUGUGGAGGUAUCUCACGACGAAAAAGCGAGAGAUGAAAAUUUCAUCAGAAUAGAACAAGGUUCUCUUCCAUUAUCCUCUCAAGUUGAAAAACAGCCAACGAAGUCUCCUCCCAAGAGGAAAAGUAGUUCUCCUGUUAAUGUGGAGCGUUCUGGCAUUCAGUUUGGCGAAAAUGAUGAAUCGAAUCCGUUCCUUUUAGAUACUUCUAAAGCACAGACUCCAGUUACCGAAGUUUUGCACAAAUCCCGUGAAAUUGAGCCAGAAAUUCAAGCAAGAAAUCCUCAGAGGCUUCUUGAUAGAGCUGCAAUUAGUGAUUCAACAGAAGAAUUUAGUCCGGAGACUUCUCCCAUAAAGAAAAUGAAGAAGAAGGCAUCUUUUGGAAUACUUCCUACUACAAAUGUGAAAAAUACACCAACCAGUGCUUCUUCAAAUCCUACAAUAGAUACUGCAAAAGACAAUACAAAGAAGAUCAAGAAGAAGAAGUCAUGGGGAUGGUUGAGAGAACGUUCAGCCAGUCUUUCGUCUAUAGAUGCUCAAAACUUACCGCCUCUUCCUGAAAACAAGAGUGCUCCAUCAAGAUCAUUUUCGAAUCCUGAAAUUGCAUCUACUGAUCUGGAAGAUGAGGAUAUGGAAACGACUCCUAGAAGAACAGCAAGUGCUGGAACUCACACUGAUUCUUCUGGAAAAGAGAACUUGAUUUCCAAAUUUUUCAAGAAGAAAAAGGCUCCAGCCAGUGUUGGCAAUGGAAAUAGAUCAAGUGCUUCAUCUAUCCGUAGUGUAGAGUCCAAGGAAUCUGGAGUUACAGUGGACUACGAGUCGGAUUCUGAUAUUAAGCUAGUGAAGAAAAGUACAGGGUUGUUCAAGAAAAAGAGCAAGGUCAAGCUCUUGGAAAAGGAAAGGGAGAAGGUCAAGUCUACUUUAGACAGCUUGGAUCUUGAUUUGAAGAGAGAAUUAAACUCUCCUGAUAUGGAAAUUGAUACAGACAGCUACUUUGCUCACAACAAAGAAAAUGUCACUCCAGUUGAGCCAAAGGCUGUGGCAAUGGACAAAGAGAAAGAAAAGACUGAGAGUGUCGAAUUUCAUAAGGAAGAAAGUCCGGAAAUACAAACCAUUGAAACUCCUGCUCUACUAGAACUAGAGAAUGAAGGCUUGGAAAAUGAUGAAAUGAAUGAAGAAGAGAGCAAACCACUGACUACUCUUGAAGUUCAAGAGAAAUUGAAAAAAUCAAUAAAGAGAACUUCAAAGGCUAACCAGCCUAUUGAGUUCACUGAUUCAGCCUUUGGAUUUCCCUUGCCUCCGCCUUCACAGUCUACGUUGAUAAUGCUUGACUAUCGAUUCCCAGUGCAUGUUGAACGUGCCAUUUACCGUUUAUCGCAUUUGAAGUUGGCCAACCCCAAAAGAUCGUUGAGAGAGCAAGUGUUGCUUUCCAACUUCAUGUAUGCCUAUCUUAACUUAGUAGAUCAUACGUUGCAUAUGGAACAUAUGUCCAAUGGAGUCAGUCUAGACUUAGAAGAAGAGGAUGAAAAUGAAGAGAAUGGGGCUCAGUUUGGUGACAAUAUUAUUCAAGACGGAGACGAUGAAGUGUUGCCAAACGGUGAACCCAUACACAUUGACUUGGAUAUAGUUGAUGUUGAAAACAUUAAUACUUCUAGCAUUGAAGUAUAGACGCUAGCAUUUGUCCUCUGGACGCCCUUAUACAUACAGUUAAUCUAAAUGCAUAUAAUUACGAAAA